AUGCCUGCAAUGCGACGGGCUUUAUUCACCGAGGAAGAAGUCCGGCUGGCAACGGAGCGGCGACUGAAAUACCUAGGAACGGCGAAGGUUAGUAUCAACCAGAUUGAGUUCGAUCCCCCAUUACCACGAGACCUGGACCCCAAAAACCUGGGUCGGCUUCGUGAAAUCUUCCGUAAAAACCGUUGUCGUCGCCUGGACGUCGACAAUCAUGUCCCCGCGAUUGUGUCCUGCCAAGAUCUCGCUGCGGCGCUGCGGAAAGCGAAUGUUCCGCAGCAGUUACUGCUGACAAAUGAUCCCCACCAAUGUCCGCAGCUGAGGUUUGCAGCAGGGCAGCUGCGAGCCCUCCACGGACGUCAUCGUGUGCAGGCGGGAACCGAGGUGCUUCCUCCUGCUGACCGGUGGUGGAUGGUAGACCUCUACUUAGACGAUAUUGGUGAAGAACUAAGGACGUCCCUGGUAGAAGAAUAUGCCAACCAGAAGAAGCCGACCGAUGGAGAAAUUUAUCGCAAGAUCCGACAGUAUGAAGGCGAGGACAAUGAAGCUUUUCGGCAGCGGUGGUUUGUCCGAUUGUCCCCCAGCAACCAGGACCGCCUAGAUCAGCUCGACAAUAAAAGAAAUCGCCGUCUCCGACGAGCCUUUGACCGAUUACUGCCGAUAACUGGGCUUUGGGCACAUGGGAUGAGAAUUAGUAUGCUUCACCGGUUAAUCGCCACCGGUUGUGUCGAAGAGAUCCUGACUUAUCUCGACCACAUAGGAGACUUCUGGUCCUCCUUAGUUGCCUCGGAUUAUUGUGCGAUGAAGAAAAUUGAUUCUGAUACCGUUAACGCCCUGCAGUUAAUGGCACCAGGCAAAUCCCGAACUGACGCCAAAAAGGCCGGUGGAUUGAUCCUGGGUGGCCAGGCAUUCGCAGAAUUCAGCGAAGAAGAACGAAGGAUUAUAUGGAAUCGAAUGAAGACAUUUAACGGGCUGGUUCCGUCUUUGUAUACAUUUUUUGAAGACUUCAAGUAUCUGGAAAGCUGCGCCCAUUGCGUGAAGCGACUCUUUGGCGCGUCAACAGAGUCUGUGUGGAACACCAUGAGCUCGAUGUUUAUUCCAUCCUUGGAUUCAGAGGCGGAAGAGAUCGUUAUCCAGGUCUCCGAGUCCACUUUCCGGCAUGAGCGUGCGACCGAUGCAGAGCGUCUUGAUAAGGGAUACUUACAGGUGUGGCUGUAUGCAAUGCGACACUAUCCUUUAAUGCCGCCGGCCCCGAAGAAUGAUGAUGACCUGUUGGCAAAGCCAGCUCGUGCCAGAGCGGACGAGAGAGCGAUUUACGAGAUGGCCGAACUCGCCCGCCGGCUCGGGUUCGAUUCCCCGGAAAUUAAAACAUUAAUUGAUGGUUCCCCUGACCACCAGAUCGCACGGGCGGCUCUGUUGCAGGCCAGGAAACCUAAUUGUUUCCAGUAUGACGCUGAGCAGUUUGAUACACUAGUUAGUCAAAUUGUUGAUUGUUUCGCAACUGCAGUUCCUGUUCAGCCAGAAAUAGUCCCUGAUCUUCUCGCGGACAGCACCGUGAGACCUCGGGCUCGUUGCGGUAUGCCACGAAUGCGAACCCAUAAGCAAGAUAGCCCUUUUCUCUUCCUGGAUCUUUUGCACGCCGACGAUGUCGGGGUUGCUGACACGAUCACUACCCUUUUUGUCCGGCGUUGUGUCUAUUUCGCCUUCUUUGGAAAACCUACGCGACCUGGACCCAGUGGCGGCGAUCACACCGGAGAGACCCCGGGGGAUAUUCCUCCUUGGUCACCGUUGUUCGUCGGGGAAGAUGGGCCAUCUGCGGAUCCCGGAUUAACUCUGCAGUCGGCCCUAUCAAGGGAGCUGCCUCAACAAGAACAAGGACAGCCAGAAGAGCUGAGGGUCCGACAGGAUGGGGAACGACAAAUAUUGCGCAGCAGGCAGGCACCGAGGGGCCAAGCCGGACGAGGUGUUUUGCAACGACAACGAAUGCGGAAGGUUCAGACACGCAGACGUUUGUUGCACUCAACAGGGAAGGGGGACCAAGAGCCCAUGCAGAUAGAAUGGCUGAACACGGAGCGCUCGGAUCAGGAUAUGUCAGACCAAAGCCAUUCGUCCCCAGCACUUCCCGAUGUAGGCCUUGCAAUAAUACCCCAUGCAGGAUUGUUGGAGCGCAACACUCCUAAUCCAGCCUCUGAACAGGAAGUACAUGCAACUCUGCAGCCCGAGCGGCAGGCCUCAAGCAUGCUGCGCCACUAUGGCCCGCUCGACCCGGAAGAGGGAGAUACCAAUAGCCACUGUACAAGGAUUUCCCUUGAAGCAGCUCCUCUCGAGCAGAACUUAGACGACAGACCAACGAUAGAGGGCCCACAUCGAGACGGUGGUCCUCAAGACCAGGCGCGGAUCGAUUAUCCAUCGCAGCCACAGUCCGCGGACCCUGAGGGCAUUUCUUCCGGCAUUCCUUCCGUCAUUAGUCCUGGUAGGCAACAGCAGGGUCUAGAUGCAUACAUUGACCACCUGAUGAGGGCUCAGGAAGAGCAGGAAAAGUUGGAGGAGGAGUUAGAACACGAGCGACUCGAGGAAGAGCUUGGUCUUUUUAACCAGGAGCAACCCGUCCUGGAACUGCCACCUAGACCUCAUGAAGGGGAGAAUUCACCACCAAGGUCCCCUAAUAACCAUCUAGUGGAGGCAAUGCACAGCUCGGAUCCAAAUCUCAUACAGGUCGUUAAUCCAGAGCCUACUCAAGACCCAUCUCCAGUCUCUCACGGUGGACAGCCAGUGUCUCAAUCCCACGUGGAGAAUCCCGAACUUAUAGCAUCCACUACCCGAGAUGAUGCCAACAACCUCCGUAGUCACAGUCCUCCAAAGGAGGACGCUGUGCCUAAGCACACGGUGGGAACGCUGCUGUCCCCAGGAAUUGUUGAAAUCUCCUUCUGGGCUUUUCAGCAAGAACAGUGGGUGCAGACGGACCGACUCCAAGUAGAUCCUUUGGAUCCAUCACUGGUAGAACGGGUUGCGAGGAAGUACACCUGGAAGAAAUACUCGCUGUAUGAUAAGAACCUGCAAAGCCUUAGUCCGGCUCAAUGUUAUCGUGCGGCAACUGUCGACGGCAAUAAUGCAGUAUUCUUGAUCUCCGAGCAGGAAGAGCAGAGGCUCGCGGCUGAAGGGCGACUCACCAAGGAUAAGCAACUUCUAUCGUUGGUCUCUCGAGUUCUGGAUUCGGCUGGAUCUGAACCAAGUUCUCUAACUAAGCGUCACCGUGUACGUUCUGAGACAUCUGAGGAAAUAUGA